UCCGGCGAGAACCAUUGCACGAGAAAUCGUGAAGCUACCUAUUACCGUGAAAUUAAUUGUUUCCCAAAGUUCUUGUUUAUGACAGGAACAUUAUUAAAUAAGCGACUGGCGUGUAAUUUCGACAGAAAAUAAAAUAUUUAGUGUGUGACAAGGGAGUAAAUCGCUCGCAGAGAUUAUUAUUUCGGAAAUUGAUUGAAUAAAGAUUUCACGAGACGAUGUUACGAAGUCAAGCCGGUAAUAUAAGUGUUAGUCUAUAUCCCUGAAAAGCAGCAGCGGAUAAAUAUCUGAAUUUCAUAUCAAAUUAAUGUCGCAGGAUUCUCUUCUUCAGCUAGCAUGGAUUUAAUUAUUUGUAAAACGUUUCCUUUAUGGUAUGAAGAAAACAUCAUGGAAGGUUUAUAAAAAGAGAUUUUAAAUAGCUACACAAUGUUGAUUAUAACACUUAUCUCGUGCAUUUUGCACGUGCUGAAUGGCGAACAAUAUUUAAAUCGUGAUUGUCGGUAUGAGUUUAAUGUGUGGCAACCCGACGCUGACGAAUUGCAACGCAUGCGUACAUUAGAAAUACAAUACGCCAACUUUUCAAACUACAUUAACAAAGAACUUUUGCUCGUGCAGGUACAACGUGCCAGUGAUCUCGAUGUAUACCGAAACUGGACGAUAAUGUAUGACAAAUCACUGAUGGAAUUAAAAACGGAACAAUUACAAAAAUACGUGGAACUUCAAGAACUUAGAGUAAAAGUCGGAAUUUACGAAAUAAAAUUGGAAGAGAUGAAAGAAAAAUUCGAGGAUUCAAAAUAUCGUUCAGCGACUCAUAGAUCUGGGCGCAAGAAACACGUGCGAAAAGACAGAAUGUUACCUACAUACGGUUCUCAAUCAGACACGCCCAGAGAACAACUGCUUGAUAGCUUGAAAAACAUGGUUACUGACCUGAAAGCUGAAUGGAUCCUUCUGAAGCGAGAAUUCAUAGAUAUGAGAAGUGAUAAUAAGAAUUUACACAGAGUCCAAAACAGUUUGUAUAACUCCAGCGAAGCGUGUCACACAGAGACCAGCCAGCUGCGAGAAUUAUAUAGACUUCUUGGACAGACGGACAGGAGAAUAGAAAGCGAUAUAGAGGGUAUACAUUUUAAAAUAGAGCAUCUGAGCCAAGAUCUGAAGUCUAUUAAGUCGGCCCAAGAGACAGUGAAAAGUGAUGUCUUGUCAGCCGAGAAUGGACUGUCGGCACUACAGGCCUCCUCGAUGGUAAUGAGUGAAAAACUGUCGGUUAUACAAUCGCAGAUGGAGCCUAGCAUUCAACCCUCGCGUGGUGCUGUCCAAGAUAGUAAACUUGGCCAUGUAGAAAUAGGAAAAACUACAAAUCUGACACCCAAUAAAAUACCUAAAGAUUGUGGUGAUAUCGUCGACCAAGGACAUGUAAUGAGCGGCUUGUAUAAAGUAAAACCAUCUGACAACAUGUUACUAGAUUAUGUCUAUUGUGAAAUCGUCGACGGUGUCGGCUAUACGGUGAUACAGAGAAGAGCCGACGGUCUACAAGACUUCAGCAAGGGCUGGCUGGAAUAUAAGAUCGGAUUUGGUAACAUGUAUGGCGAUUUCUGGGUUGGUAAUGACUUUCUCCACGCCCUUACAAAAAACAAUGAAUAUGGACUAACCAUAGAAAUUUGGGACUGGGAAGGGAACAAAACUUUUGCAAAGUAUAAUAUCUUCACCAUUGGAGACGAAGACAGUCGAUAUCGUCUGCACGUGAGUCGUUUCACAGGGGACGCUGGAGAUUCUCUCACUUACCAUGAUGGAAUGAAGUUCAGUACUGCAGACCACGACAACGAUCUUUCUGACCGGAACUGUGCCGCAGAUAAUAAAGGUGGUUGGUGGUUUAGUGGAUGUUACUUCAGUAAUUUAAAUGGCGCCUAUCAUAUUGGCUGGUACUCGCCGGGUCAGUCGGCAUUCGCGGACGGCACUGUUUGGUACACACUAAAAGACUCGGACAUGUAUUCGGUUAGAAAAGUUGUGAUGAAAAUAAAUAAAGAAAUAUAGAAUUGUUUUAACUUGAACAGCGGCGUCAGUGUAAAGUUGGCUAUUGAGUAUAAUGAUAGAACUUGUACAUGCACUGUUUACUUAACUUUUGGUUGUGAUUAAUUUAGGUUGUAAUCGCUCGAGACAGACUGAAUUCAGACGCGAUGCUUUAGUCUUUAAAUGUGUUAUUAUAUUUGUUCCUUUGACGUUAUUUUUUUUCAAGAUAUAAACGGCCAAUUUAUAUGAAUAAAGCGAGGUUAUAUAUUAUGCUCACAAGAGGAGCUCUUUGUGGAUUAUGUACAGAUUAGGAUACCAUCUAUGCUGGGGAUUAUCAACUGUUACUAGCGUGUAU